AUGAAGGUUCUACUAGCAAUUCUGGCUUAUCUUCCAUCUAUCACUGCUCUAGUAAGGAUCCCUCUGGCUCGAUCUCCAUCUAUCAAACAACAGCUUCGAGCGAGAGGAGAGUUCUUGCAGUUCAUGAAAGAUCAUCAACCUGAUGUUUCUGCACUGAGGUACCUGCAUUGCUACCCUCCAGACUUUUCUUCAUUAGUGAGAUUUACAACAGAAAAACUCUGUGAUUACAUGAAUGCCCAGUAUUAUGGAGUGGUGAGUAUCGGCACUCCACCUCAGACGUUCACCGUGGUGUUUGACACUGGCUCUUCUAAUUUUUGGGUUCCAUCCUGUUAUUGUCCCAGCGAGGCUUGCACCAGACGCUCAAGAUUCAAGUCAUUUCUUUCGCAAACCUAUGUACAUGUGGGACAACCCUUUUUUUUGCAAUAUGGUACUGGGCAACUGCUGGGCAUCACUGCCAAAGAGACAGUAAAGAUCAGCAACAUUUCCAUUGAGGCGCAGGACUUUGGCGAGUCGGUCAUGGAGCCUGGCUCAGCUUUUAUCUUUGCUCAGUUUGAUGGAGUGAUGGGCUUGGGCUAUCCAUCCUUGGCAGUUGGGAGUGGACUUCCAGUAUUUGACAACAUGAUCAAACAAGAGCUGGUAGAGGAGCCUGUGUUCUCUUUCACCUUGAACCGUGCAGGCGACGCUGAAGACGGAGGCGAAUUGCUACUAGGGGGCAUAGACCAUACUCUCUACAAAGGGUCCAUUCACUGGGCUAAAGUCAUUGAGAAAAACUACUGGCAAAUUGAAGUUAACAAUGUGAAAAUCCAAGGGCAAGUGGCAUUAUGUUUCAAUGGCUGUAACGCCAUUGUAGAUUCGGGCACGUCUCUUAUUACUGGCCCACCCACCGAAAUAAUCAAACUGCACCGCUAUAUCGGAGCCCGGCCAACCCCAUAUGGAGAGUAUGUUGUAGACUGCGGAAGACUAUCAUACCUGCCUCAGAUAACCUUUACCAUCUCAGGGAAAGAAUUCACUUUAACGGCAGAAGAGUAUAUAAUCAAGGAAGGCCCAAGAGAAGAACCGGAGUGUAUCUCUGGUUUUCAGGCUUUGACUGUUGGCAAAGGCUAUGUACCAAUAUGGAUUCUCGGAGAUGUCUUUAUGGCAAGUUAUUAUUGUAUUUUUGAUCGUGGGAAUGACAGAGUUGGGUUUGCAAAACCUGUUCAUAAAGGAAGCUUGCUGAAGAGUUAUUGGACAGAUUAG